AUGCUUCUCUGUUCUCGUUCACGCUUGCGACAUGUUCUCGUCUGCCUCCUCGUCUCGUUCAUCUCAUCAUGUCUUCCCACCGUUCAUGCCCAAACAAUCUCAACCUCCAUGCCCGUUCCGCCACUGCAGUGGAUUGAACUCACGGGUCUCCUCAGUGGCACCUCCGUUCCUCCUCCGCUCAAAGAUGCGAGCAUCGGCUACGACAGUACGGACGGGCUGCUUCUCAUCUUCGGAGGAGAAUCACAGCAGGGCUUCGCGACACAGAACACCUACGCUCUCGAUCUCAAGAGCUUGCAGUGGAGCAGCCCACAAGCUCCCAAUCAGCUCGACACCAAACCGCCCUCCAGGUCUGCUAUGAUAAGCGGAGACGACUCAGCUGCCAGCUAUCGCCACGGUCAUGUUAUCGUUGACGGUGAAAGUUCGAGCGAUACCGGCCUGGCCGAUAUUUGGGAAUUUGAUUACACCAGCAAAUUUUGGCAGCAGGUUGGCAUCUCACCCGGCGGCCCUUCAGCUCGGUGGGGUGCUGUUGGUGGCAUCGAUGUCCGAACCUCUAAUCCAGGUGUCUCCCUCAACAACUCCUUCUAUAUGGCCGGGGGAUAUGAUGGCAAGACGAUCUCCCCGCUGUCAGAAGUUUGGCGCAUGGACAUAUCCGGCACUCUUUCUUCCAACAACCCUAAUCAGAUCAAUGCUUCGUGGACGCGCGUGAAUAUCAACACAGACAUUACUGGUAGGGUUUCCAUGGGCGGUACUAUUAUCGGGCAGCAGAUUGUCGCUGUCGGGGGCUGCACAUCAGCUACGUCUACGCAAGCUAUACUGGACUCCUCUUGCGCCGUACAGGACACACAGAUUAUUGAUGCCUCUUCGGGAGAUGUGAAGUCUAUUGCACCGUGCAUCGCGGCACGCAUCGACCCUGCCGUCGUGCCGAACAUGAACGGAGCAUCAACGGACUUCAAUCAGCAGGCUUUCGUUUUACUGGGAACGUUCAACAGUUCUCUGUGGGACGAUGGCGGUGGGUUGGCCCGGGGCGAAGUUAAUUGCAAUAAGCUGAUGUUUACAUCCUCAGGGGCAUGGGCGCGUGUACUUCCUGCGGGCGACCCUAACUCGGGCAGCAAGUAUCCCAAACCACGGCAAGGUGCUGCAGUCCUGUCUGUUCCGACGACGCUCGUCGGCGACACCAGCAUCGCGGCGUCGGAUACUAUCAUAUUUGGCGGGCGUGACGCCGCGGGGAAUUAUCUCCAGGAUGUAUGGAUCUUGCGAGCGUAUAACGCGUCCCUGUCUAAGACUAAUGCGACCUGGAGCGGCUUCUCCGGCUCAUUGCAAUCUGGUAUCAACGCCAAUGGCCAAGGUGUCACUGUGCAAUAUUUGUCGCAGUGUGCAACCUCCCUGGGGUCAGCAACAUCGGGUUCUUCAAAACCUGGAUCUACCAGCACUGGCACUGGUACUGGCACUGGCUCGCCUUCGGGCUCUCCCAGUUCUGGAGGUGGAGGUCUCCAGUCAUCUCCGUCCAACUCCUUCCCGUUCAACACGUCGAUGUUGCACAAGGCUCUGGGCGCCGUUUCCGUUGCCCUCUUCCUCCCCGCUGCGGCAUUCUACCGCAUCUCCCAACCCGCCGUGAGCACCACUCGUCUCACGGACCGUAACUUGGCUUUCAUGUACCUCGGUGUCGUCGUCGGGGUUGCGGCAUAUGCACUCGGUAUCGUCGGCCUCGCCACCUCGUUCACCUCCAUCACCGCGGUCUCACCAAUCGCCAAACGGGCUUUGACGUCACUCCACCUUCAGACAGCUCACGGGAAGGCAGGCUUGGCGCUCUUCGCUUGCCUUUACGGCCUCGUUCCCCUUCUGCAACUCCUCGCGUUGGCCAUGAGGCGAUGUGUCAGUCCUAGGGACCGGGAGCAAACCGACGGCCGAUUCCGAGCCGAUUCCACCCUGGAGAAGCUGAGCGUGAACGAACGCGCAGCGAGUCCCUCAGCACGCUCCGAGCCUGCAUCACAUCCACCAGACGGGAUUAAGGAGGGCAAGCGGAGAAUAAGGUCGUGGGCGGGAAUUGGAACAUGGGCAGGCAUCACGGGUCGGCGCUCCAACGACACUGGCACAGUGGCGGACGAUCAGCCGUACACACCCUCGCAGCGGUCCUUCGAGGUUGUGAACCGGCCCAUCCGCCAACGUCGCAUGAGCGCCAAUAGUCUCGCUGCGUUCUCGGAUCCACGCCCUAGUCAUCGCCCGCGCAACCUCAGCGACAUGAGUUGGCUUGACCCCCGCCGUAGUACCAGUGGCAUGGUGUGUGGAGUUACUGGUUAUUAUGGUCUCAGCCCCAUAGACAGGCGAGAAGCAUGGACGCCCGGGACGACACCAAUGGAGAUCAACAGCACGAACGGGCUUAUGUUAGGUCAACAACGCCCGGUCGGCCACCCUAUCCUUCCCCCGCUCUUCGAGGGCUUCAUCCAUGUUCUCUUCCAUACGCUUCUACUAGCCCUCACGAUUUUUUCCCUCGUUGCCCUAUGGCAGCGCGGCCUCAGAGCGGCCUUUGGAGUCUUCUUGGCCUGGACGGCCGUGUUCUACAUCAUUUUGAUCGCCCUUGCUUGGAACGGCCGCCCUAGGGAAUCCGUUCUCUCCGUUAUCUUCUCUCGCCUGCGCGCCGAGCCUGCUGCGUUUUCAGCUGUCCCCCGCGCAGGCUCCCCAGCUGGAUCGCGCCCGCUGUCGACAAACGAGUCCGUUGCGGUCCCCUUCCCGACCGAGCCCGGAGGGCGCGGCCCAUAUCAGCACCACCAGCCGCCUUACCGCACCGCGGGCCCUGAGCACGACUACCGCUCGACGUCGCACGGGCACGCCUCGCCCGACGUCGACGACGACGACGAUGACGACGACGAGGACACGCGCCAGCGGCGGAUCGAGGACGAGCUUAGUCGCCGCGACGUGUCCAUCGUGACGGUGCCGAAGCGACGGCUGUACCUGCUCAAUCCCAACCCGCCAGAAGAGGAGGCGAGCUGA